CGAACAUCUUCAUCUGGUCAACCGAAGCGCUUCAUGCUACAUUUCACGAUUGAAGCCACCAUUAACUUCGCUCUGAAAGCUUGAAUACGUUUCUUCUUCUUUGCACCCCUUGCAAUCGAACAAUCGACCGUGACCAUGGGAGCAUCUGUUUACAAGUCGCUCUCGAAGGGUAGCGCUGACAAGAAGGGCGAGGCUCCUACCAAUGGCGUCCGCAAGAACAAGCAGAAAGUGCUUAUUCUCAGCUCGCGAGGUGUUACCUACAGACAUAGGCACCUUCUAAAUGACCUGGCGGCUCUCAUUCCUCACGGCCGAAAGGAUGCGAAAUUCGAUACCAAGAGCAAGUUAUACCAGCUGAAUGAGCUGGCUGAGUUAUACAACUGCAACAACACCCUCUUCUUCGAAGCACGAAAGGGCCAAGAUCUAUAUGUCUGGUUAAGCAAGGUUCCUAAUGGUCCUACGGUCAAGAUGCACCUUCAAAACUUACACACGUCCGAAGAGCUUAAUUUCACUGGCAACUGCCUGAAGGGCAGUCGACCGAUUCUCAGUUUCGAUGGUGCCUUCGAUGAACAGCCUUACUUGCGCGUUAUCAAGGAGCUGUUCCUGCAACAAUUCGGUGUCCCGCAAGGUGCAAGAAAAUCGAAACCUUUCGUCGACCGUGUCAUGGGUUUCAGCGUUGCAGAUGGUAAGAUCUGGGUGCGUAACUACCAGAUUAGCGAAGUAGAAGCUUCGAAAGGCAAGGAUGGUGAAGAUACAGAGGCUGCCGCAUCAACAAAGAGCAAGAACAAGGAGACCGAGAUCUCAUUGGUGGAAAUCGGUCCCAGAUUUGUUUUGACACCCAUUAUUAUCCAAGAGGGAUCGUUCGGUGGGCCGAUUCUUUACGAGAACAAGGAGUUCGUGUCGCCAAACCAGGUCAGAGCCGAUCUGAGAAGAUCCAAGGCAGUCAAGCACAAUGCCAGGGCAGAACAGUACGUGGACAGACUGGCCAAGAAGGGCGACCUUGGUCUACGGACGAGUGGUGGCAAAGCAGCGAAGCCUGAUGCUCUCGACACGAGACAUCUCUUUGCUUAAGACUUCGAAACUUUCGCAGUUUGGCGUUCGGUGUUUAAGAGGUCCUUGCGAUCCAGGGAACAAAAGUAGGAAGAUACCUUUAGACUGUUGGACUGUUUCGCUUGGGCUAUGCAUGAUACAAGGUCCUUUGCUGAAGAACGAAAUCUGGGAUGUUGCAAUAGUAGGAGUACAUGCGUAUAUUUUAUAUGUGAACCAGACGGACCGGCGC